AACAACAACAACAACAACAACUCAUCCCGGUUUACUCAUUCCCCUGAAGACAACAAUAACUCUCCUUUAAGCGGAUCUUCUGCGACAAACAACAACGAGACAGAGCUUAGUCUCAUGCUUAAAGAUUUGGAGACUGCAAUGAUGGAGCCUGAUUUAGACAACAGCUUUAACCAUCAAGGUGGGUUUGGACAGCAACAUAGAGUUGUUUCUUCUGCUAUGUAUAGAUCUAUGGAGAUGAUCUCUAGGGGAGAUUUAAAAGGAGUGCUCUAUGAAUGCGCUAUGGCCGUUGAAAGCUAUGAUUUGGAAUUGACUGAUUGGUUGAUUUCUCAGUUACAGCAAAUGGUUUCGGUUUCUGGUGAGCCUGUUCAGCGUUUAGGAGCUUAUAUGCUUGAAGGGCUAGUUGCUCGGUUAGCUUCUUCUGGUAGCUCCAUCUAUAAAGCUUUGAGAUGCAAAGACCCGACAGGUCCUGAGCUUCUCACUUAUAUGCAUAUCUUGUAUGAAGCCUGCCCUUAUUUCAAAUUCGGAUACGAAUCUGCCAAUGGAGCUAUAGCUGAAGCUGUGAAGAACGAAAGUUUUGUGCACAUUAUCGAUUUCCAGAUUUCUCAGGGCGGUCAGUGGGUGAGUUUGAUCCGUGCUCUCGGUGCUCGACCUGGUGGACCUCCUAAAGUUAGGAUCACGGGUAUUGAUGAUCCGAGAUCAUCGUUUGCUCGACAAGGAGGUCUUGAAUUAGUCGGACAGAGACUCGGGAAGCUAGCUGAAAUGUGUGGUGUGCCGUUUGAGUUUCAUGGAGCUGCAUUGUGUUGCACGGAAGUCGAAAUAGAGAAGCUAGGAGUCAGAAACGGAGAAGCGCUUGCCGUUAACUUCCCGCUCGUUCUUCACCACAUGCCUGAUGAGAGUGUAACGGUGGAGAAUCACAGAGAUAGAUUGUUGAGACUGGUCAAACGUUUGUCACCGAACGUUGUGACUUUGGUCGAACAAGAAGCGAAUACAAACACUUCCCCGUUUCUUCCCCGGUUUGUCGAGACAAUGAACCAUUACUUGGCGGUUUUCGAAUCUAUCGAUGUGAAACUCGCUAGAGAUCACAAGGAAAGGAUCAAUGUUGAGCAGCAUUGUUUGGCUAGAGAGGUUGUGAAUCUUAUAGCAUGUGAAGGUGUCGAAAGAGAAGAGAGGCACGAGCCACUAGGGAAAUGGAGGUCUAGGUUUCACAUGGCGGGUUUUAAACCGUAUCCGUUGAGCUCGUAUGUGAACGCAACGAUCAAAGGAUUGCUUGAGAGUUAUUCAGAGAAGUAUACCCUUGAAGAAAGAGAUGGAGCAUUGUAUUUAGGAUGGAAGAAUCAACCUCUGAUCACUUCUUGUGCUUGGAGGUAACAAAAUAAAAACUUUGCUUGGUUUGAGAAAUUUAUGAGAGAUUAGAAUCUGUUUGUAAAAGUUAUAAACCAAAAAAAAAACUCAUGAUCCGAAGAAACAGUUGUCAAAUGUUGUACUAGUAAGUGUUGUUGAUGACCCCAUAUGUUUUUAUGUUGUAUGUUUUUCUAAUUUUCAAACAAACUAUGAUUUGACAUCAAACUUAUAAGUUACAACUCUGUGUGUUUGAUGUGAAAAAUUAAUGAUGACUUUUCUGGUUUUA